AUGUUGCUGAAGCCACCUGCUGCCCAAGCCUGGACUGUGGCCCUGCCCAAUCCCCCGCCCCUCAGGGCAACCGCCACCAUCAGGGAGAGACUGUCCAGGGGUCAGCGGGAGGGCUUGACCGGUGUGGAGCAGCGCUCCCUGAAGAGGCCAGGUGUUGGCAGGCGAGCCAUGCCCUCUCUCUUCUCUUUCCCAGGCACUUGCUCUGAACCUGGAGCAGAGGGCAGGGCCCAGCCCUCGAGGGCAGGCCUGGAAACUGCCUCAUCCCAGCCUGGCUUGUCCUGCCGGUUCCUCCCUCCAGGGUGGAUGUGGGUGUUCAUGGGCCCAGGCCUGGUGAGGAGGACUCGUUUCUGGGUCCUCGCUCACCUUGAAGUCCCUCCUGCCUCUGGUCCCCCCUUCCUCUGCCACCAACUGGGCAAGAUGCUUCCUCCCUGA